CAGGACAGCGGUAUAUAAGCUCGCUCUGGUAUGUGCAGCGUAGCAUUCGAUCAGUGAAGUACUUCAGGAUCAACAAUGGCAGCCAAGUUCGUAGUUCUCGCCGCCCUAGUGGCCAUGGCUCACUGCUCCGUGGUGCCAGUGGCGCGAGUAGACGCCGACUACACCAGCUUCGCAUACGACGUGGCCGACCCCAACACCGGCGACUUCAAGAGCCAGGUGGAGACCCGCGUGGGCGGCAACGUGGCCGGCCAGUACUCGCUGCUCGACGCUGACGGCACCAAGCGCACUGUGGACUACACCGCCGACGAUGUCAAUGGGUUCAACGCUGUGGUGCGCAAGGACCCCGCUGUUGUCGCCGCCGCUCCUGCUGUGGUAGCUGCCGCGCCCGCCGUAGUGGCUGCCCGCACUGUCGCCGCUCCCGCUGUGUACGCCGCUCACGCUGCCCCUACCGUGUACGCCGCUCACGCCGCCCCCACCGUGUACGCCGCUCACGCCGCCCCCACCGUGUACGCCGCUCACGCCGCUCCCGUCUACGCCGCUCCCUCUUUCUACUCGUACGGUGCUCCCGCCCUGUACUCCGCUCCCCUCACUUACGCCGCUAAGUGGUAAACGACGACACAUGUGUUGCGAUAAUGGUGCUGUCUUGUAAAUAUAUUAAUUUAAGUAAAAAGUGAAACUACCUAA